ACAGAAAGAGAGAGGGCUCUGAAUCUCUGUAUCUAUGGAGGCAGCGAAAGAAAGAGUCGGCUUACUCGACAAGAUCCUCCCACCUGCCUUAGCAGACGCCGGGCUCGAAGAUUGUGCUCUACCACCGGAAUCUAUACACGAAGCCUUUCGUAAAGCCGCAGACGCCGUCAAGUCGCGCGCGGCGUCGCUUUUCGAACACGACGAGGAAGAAGGAGAACGCGGUUGUGUAGCUGAUCCGAAGCCUGCAUCGAAAGGAAGCGAGACGAAGCCUAUUCCGGAAGCUUCUGACACGAUCAUUGUGGGCGGAGACGAUGAAAGGGAUACUGGGCCGUGUUUGGUCGGAAAGGGAAAUGGGAAGUUGGUUGAAUCUGGACAGGGAGGGGAUGAGUUGGUGGUGGCGGGGGAAAGAGGAGAAGGGAUGAGCUGUGGUGAUGGUUUGAAGGGUUUGGAUGUGGAAGGUGUGGAGAGUAGUAGGGAGGAGAAGGAUCAGAGUGAAGAAGACGAAGAGGAGGAGAUGAAGCCGAUUUUGGUUGAAGGAUUCGUCUAAGAGUCUUGACAGAGUUCCACGAGUUGUGUGUAUAAAUAAAGUGUUUUUAGCAGCUUGUCCCUGAAGGUCUGACCUUUGGCUCUAUAAGCAAUUGUGGCAAAAGCUUAUGUGUCGUCUGUUAGACGUGAAACUGAAUGAAAUGCGAUCUCUUUUUAUUUACGGUUCCUGUUUUUGUCCCAUGAACUAAUGACUCUGUUCUGUUUCAAAUUCAAAG